UUCAAAAUCCAAGCCCGCCUUCUCUCUCUCUUUCUCUAUAUAAUCCCCCACGCUAUCUGUUUCUUUCUGCGCGCCAGGCUAGUUCGGCCAAAUUCCUCGCACUGAGACCGAGAAAGAGAGAAACAGACCGUCCUUUGAAAAAUGUACGUGGUGAAGAGGGAUGGGCGCCAGGAACGCGUCCAUUUCGACAAGAUCACGGCGCGCUUGAAGAAACUUAGCUAUGGUCUGAACGUGGAGCACUGUGACCCUGUGUUGGUGGCACAGAAGGUUUGCGCCGGGGUCUACAAGGGAGUCACCACCAGCCAGCUCGAUGAAUUGGCCGCCGAAACCGCCGCUGCUAUGACCGCCAACCACCCCGACUAUGCUUCCUUGGCUGCAAGAAUUGUUGUCUCGAAUCUUCACAAAAACACAAAAAAGUCGUUCUCGGAGACGAUCAAAGACAUGUAUAGUCAUUUUAGUGAGAGAUCAGGGCUGAAGGCUGCUCUGAUUGCUGAUGAUGUUUAUGAAAUAAUCAUGGAGAAUGCUGCUCGCUUGGACAGUGUAAUCAUAUACGAUCGAGAUUUUGACUACGAUUACUUUGGUUUCAAAACCCUUGAGAGGUCCUACCUAUUGAAGGUCCAAGGAAAGGUCGUAGAAAGGCCUCAACACAUGUUGAUGAGGGUUGCUGUUGGAAUUCACAAGGAUGAUAUUGAUUCUGCCAUCAAAACAUAUCAUAUGAUGUCUCAGCGAUGGUUCACUCAUGCUUCUCCCACCCUUUUUAAUGCAGGGACCCCAAGGCCUCAAUUGAGUAGCUGCUUCCUUGUGUGCAUGCACGAUGAUAGCAUUGAAGGUAUAUAUGACACCUUGAAGGAAUGCGCUGUUAUCAGCAAAUCAGCUGGUGGAAUUGGUGUCUCUGUCCACAAUAUUCGUGCUACUGGAAGUUAUAUUCGUGGCACAAAUGGGACAUCCAAUGGCAUUGUUCCAAUGCUACGUGUAUUCAAUGAUACGGCGCGUUAUGUUGAUCAAGGGGGAGGCAAGAGGAAAGGUGCGUUUUCUGUGUACUUGGAGCCAUGGCAUGCAGACAUAUUUGAGUUUCUAGAUCUAAGAAAGAACCAUGGAAAGGAGGAGAAUCGUGCACGGGAUCUAUUUUAUGCUCUGUGGGUGCCUGAUCUCUUCAUGGAAAGAGUCCAAAGUAAUGGACAUUGGUCAUUGUUUUGUCCAAAUGAGGCUCCAGGUUUGGCAGACUGUUGGGGUGAAGAAUUCGAGAAAUUGUAUACAAAAUAUGAAGGAGAGGGGAAGGCAAAGAAGGUUGUCCAGGCACAGAAUCUUUGGUUUGAAAUUUUGAAAUCCCAGAUUGAAACGGGAACCCCUUACAUGCUUUUUAAGGAUGCUUGCAACAGGAAAAGCAACCAACAAAACCUGGGAACCAUCAAAUCUUCAAACUUAUGUACGGAGAUAAUUGAGUAUUCAAGUCCAACAGAGACUGCUGUAUGCAAUCUUGCAUCAAUUGCUCUUCCACGAUAUGUCAGGGAGAAGGGAGUUCCUAUGGAGUCACAUCCAUCUAAACUUGUUGGUAGCAGAGGCUCUAAGAACCGAUUUUUUGACUUUGAAAAACUGGCAGAGGUCACUGCAAUAGUUACUACCAACCUCAACAGAAUAAUUGAUGUUAACUACUACCCGGUUGAAAAUGCAAGAAGGUCAAAUUUCCGACAUAGACCUAUUGGAAUUGGAGUUCAGGGUCUGGCUGAUACCUUCAUUUUGCUUGGCAUGGCAUUUGAUUCACAGGAGGCUCAACAGCUGAACAAAGACAUAUUUGAGACCAUAUACUACCAUGCCCUGAAAACCUCUUCUGAGUUAGCUGAAAAAGAAGGGCCCUAUGAAACAUAUAAUGGGAGUCCUGUGAGCAAGGGAAUUCUUCAGCCAGACAUGUGGGGCGUAACACCUUCAAAUCUGUGGGAUUGGAAUGCUCUUAGGGAGAUGAUAUCCAAGAAUGGUGUUAGAAAUUCACUUCUUGUAGCCCCCAUGCCGACUGCUUCCACCAGCCAGAUUCUUGGUAAUAACGAGUGUUUUGAACCAUAUACCUCCAACAUAUACAGUCGGCGAGUUCUAAGUGGUGAAUUUGUUGUGGUGAACAAACAUCUUCUUAAUGACUUAACUGAGAUGGGUGUGUGGUCUCCUGCAAUUAAGAACAAUAUCAUUUAUGAGAAUGGCUCUGUUCAGAAGAUAAACGAGAUUCCAGAGGAACUGAAAGAUAUUUACAAAACUGUGUGGGAGAUUAAGCAAAAGACAUUGGUUGAUAUGGCUGUUGAUCGUGGCUGCUACAUUGAUCAGAGCCAGAGCCUCAACAUACACAUGGACCAACCCAAUUUUGGGAAACUCACCUCCUUGCACUUCUAUGCAUGGUCCAAGGGCCUGAAGACAGGGAUGUAUUAUCUGCGAUCAAGAGCAGCUGCUGAUGCCAUCAAGUUCACUGUUGAUACUUCCAUUCUCAAAGAUAACCCCAAGGUGGUGGAAGAUGAUGUUAAUACCAAGAUGGCACAGAUGGUAUGCUCUUUAACAAACCGUGAAGAGUGCAUGGCUUGUGGAAGUUAAGAGGGUAGUUCUAUAUGGAGUGGCAGAAUAUGUGCUUCUGGUUCGGAUGCGUUCCCUUCGCGUUCAAGAGUGCACAGAAAUUCGGUUUCGGCUUUGGGCCCCUUAUGAAGAAGACAAUUUGUUUAUAGGUUUUUGGGACAUGGUUUCCAGAUAUCUACGAACCAAACACUAUUGUUAUGGGUUGAAUGGCUUCGAAAUCUCUGUAUAGCCUUAAUAUUGCUAUUGUAUUUUGUGUUAAAGACUAGCUGGGGUUGUAAAUAAAUGGGUUUCAGCUUUGCCCCAAGUGAUUUGUUUGACUAGAGAUUGACGUAUUUCAUUAAUCUUUUGACAAGGAUUCGAGCCUUUGUACUAGUUAAUUUGAUCGGUUUUGGGUAUAAGUUUCCUUAAUUGGUCCUCA